UGGAGCUAAUAGAAAAUAAACACACUUCACGCCAGACGUGGGUGUCCAGUUGCGGAAGAGUGAGGACUUGCCUGAGGCAGUGAGUCGAGACAACAGCUGAGGUCUCCAGUUAAAAGCAUUACGGUCGGCUUCAUCCUCCAACAAGCCGAAGAUAGCACAAGAGGACUAUCAAUGGCAUCUGAAGACUACAGUGUUUACAGCGGAUUGACGGAAGAUGAGCUGAUCUCAUUGGCUGUUGAACGCAGCCUAACAGAUGCCCAUGUUUCUGUGGACUACGCUGGUCACAGUAAGACACCGAUAGUACAGAUGCAGUCAAGGCCACCUAUUGCAGAUUCCAUUUCUGCACAUCCACAUGUUGCUCCACCAGCGGAUGACACACCAUGCAUCACUCUGAAAAAUGCUCGUACAGACCCAGGUCCAGGAGCAAGAAAGUGCUAUUCCUUCAUCGACAGUGAUGGCCAGCAGUAUGCAGCUUGGAGGAGAUACGAUGGGUCAAUGUUAGUCACCCUUGAUCCGGAGGAGCCCUUAGAUCCUGUUGUUAAAGCAAUCAAGACCGGUGCUGUGAGUACUCUGAUUGAGAUGGCAAAGACUGGAAUAUGCCUGACAAAACAAAAUAAGCAAGGCUGGAUUUUUCUACAUGAGGCUGCAUACCGUGGCCAAACAGAAUGCCUCAAGGUUUUGCUAAAACUCGAUCACAAGGUGAUCAACGCUCGCACCUUCGAGGAUGAGACACCUCUCUUCUUGGCUGUGUCUUUUGAGCAUAUAGCCUGUACCCAGUGGCUCCUGGAGAGUGGAGCAGAUCCUGACAUCAGCAAUAAGGAGAAAGAAACUCCUCUCUACAUAGCCUGUGAAAGACAGAAUCUGGACAUUGUGCAGCUGAUCCUGAAGUUCAAAGGCAAGGUGAAUAAAAUCUGCCAGCAGGGCUAUACAGCUCUGCAUGAAGCCGUGUGGCGUGACAACCUGGAGAUCUGUCACGCUCUGCUGGAGGCCGGGGCCGACAUCAGCAUCCCCAACAAAUAUGGCAUUACUCCUCUCUUUGCAGCUGCACAGGGAGGAUGUGUCAAUGUGUUGCGCUUCCUCAUAAGGCAUGGCGCGGAUGUGAACAGCCAGGCAGCUGAUGGAGCCACAGCUCUCUAUGAGUCUAGCAAGAAUGGCCAUGAAGAGGUUGUGAAAAUUUUGCUUUCACGAAAUGCUAAUGCUAACAUAUGUGCCAGAGGAGGACUGCUUCCGCUGCAUAUUGCUGCCAAACGCGGAAAUGAAAGAAUUGUGUCCAUGCUGAUCCCGGUCACUAGCAAGGUCCUUGUGAGGCAUAGUGGGAUCAGUCCCCUUCACCUGGCUGCAGAACGCAACAGGAAUGAGGUUCUAGAGACUCUCAUAGAGGCAGGCUUUGAUGUUAACGCCAUGUUGUCCCACGACCGCUCCAAGAUGUACGAGGACCGCCGCAGCACUGCACUCUACUAUGUCAUCUGCAACAACAACACUGAAGCUGCCACUAUGCUCCUAGAAGCUGGUGCCAACCCCAACCUGGACACCUUUAACCCCUUGCUGAUUGCCGUGCGUCAGGGCUGCAUACGGACAGUCACUUUGCUGAUAGAGCAUGGGGCCAAUGUCAAUGCCUACAUCCCCACCCACCCCACCUCCUUCCCUGCUGCGAUUAUGUUCUGCAUGAAGUACCUGACCCUGCUCAAGUACCUGCUGGAUAAUGGAUGUGAUGCCCAGUCCUGCUUCCAUUGUGAGUAUGGCAGUGGCCCACAUCCUCCGAUCAAGACCUACCACAGACCCAGGGAUGACAUACGCUACAAUGUUGAUGUGCAGGACUACAUUCCAGUGCAGUUCUGUGAGAUAAUUUCCACGCCUUCAGUGAGUCGCUGGGCAGGACCCAUCAUUGAUGUCCUCCUGGAUUAUGUUGGCAAUGUGCAGCUGUGUGCCAGGCUGAUAGAGCAUCUGGAUAGCUAUGAGGACUGGAGCGUUAUCAAGGAGAAAUCAAUUCUUCCACGACCCCUAAUGCAAUUAUGCAGACUCAAGAUUCUCAGUUUGUUAGGGGCGGAGAGGAUGCAGCUCAUGGAUUCCUUGCCAAUCCCUGGAAGACUAUUAAAAUUCCUGAGACAUGAGGAGCGCUCAUCACAGUUAUGAAGUGAACAAUCUGCCAUUAUUCCCCAACAUUAAAGAUACAAAAUCACUGCUUGGAUGGAUGCUCUGUUUGCUAUCUGUCAAGUAAUUAACUUAUUUAUAAUGUGUAUAUUUCUGCUCUUUCAUUGUUGUAUUUAUUACUCAUAUAUUGUCCAUUCAUAUUUAUAUUGCACUGCUUUGUCCAGAUUUGUCCUAUUGUCCCCUGAUGUACCUGUCUCCUCCCCUGCAAUUGUGGGACAAUAAUUUCACUGUUUCCCUCCAAACAUAUGUGACAAUAAAACUUUAUUUGACUUUA